AUGUCUGGUGAUGAGUCUUCCACACUACUCUUGCAUCCGUGUCCCACUCCAGAUGACGGGCAAGCAGACUCACGACCACCCGGAUUAAGUCAACCAAUCCUACCUCCUGAUGAUGAAGAUCCUGAGGAAUCAGAAGCGGCUCAGUGGUGGUACACAUUCUGGUCCAGUUCCUUAGCCACUAUUGCCACAUGUUGUGAUCUG